CCUCGUUGGUGGCUUUCGAGUUUUUUCUCCAAUCCAACACAGACAUAGAGCACCGAAACCAACACUAAACCUCCAACAGUGGGUUUCCCCAAGAUUUUUGGCUAAAUUUGGCAAAAUGCGCCCACUGGACUUGUCGCUCUCUUAUUAGCCUAAUUUUCAAAUCAAUAACAACAAAUUCUUUGCCUUUUCUGAAUAAGGAUAAAGUGGGAUAAGAAGAUCGAGAAUUUGGGCGAUGGCUCGGGACAAGAUUCAGAUCAGGAAGAUCGACAACGCCACGGCCAGGCAGGUGACGUUUUCAAAGAGGAGAAGAGGGCUUUUGAAGAAGGCUGAGGAGCUCUCGGUUCUCUGUGAUGCAGAUAUUGCUCUUAUCAUCUUCUCAUCAACCGGAAAGCUCUUUGAAUAUGCUAGCUCAAGCAUGAAGGAAAUCUUAGAAAGGCAUCGCCUGCAUUCCAAAAAUCUCGGCAAACUAGAGCAACCAUCUCUUGAGUUACAGCUAGUGGAGAACAGCAACUACUCCAGGUUGAGCAAGGAAAUAGCAGCAAAAAGCCAUCAACUGAGGCAGAUGAGGGGAGAAGAACUUCAUGGAUUGAAUUUGGAAGAACUGCAACAGCUGGAGAAGUCCCUUGAAUCUGGAUUGGGCCGCGUGAAUGAAAAAAAGGGAGAGAAAAUAAUGAGAGAGAUCACCGAGCUUCAAAAAAAUGCCAUCCAUUUGAUUGAGGAAAAUGAACGAUUAAGACAGCAAGUGGUGGAAGGAACUGAUGGUGGACGGAGGCAAGUUCAUGCUGAUUUAGAGAAUUGCUGGUUUCCGGAGGAGGGGCAGUCAUCUGAGUCUGUAACCAAUCUCUGCAACUCUAAUAAUUCUACUCAAGAUUAUGAUAGCUCAGAUACGUCUCUCAAGUUGGGGCUUCCUUAUUCUGGCUGAUUGAAAAUAGAACGUGGUAAAUUUGCUUGCAUCAACAAGGAGCAUGGCCUAGUAUUCUUUAUGGCAAUUUAACUUGAUGUAAAAUUAGCGGAUUUGUAACCAAACUGUGUUAAGAGCAGGUGCUUAUGAUGUAUCAAAACCUUUGG